GAUUGAGCCUGCUGCCUGACCUAAAAAUGAACGGAGUUAUGUUUUGUAGCAAUUAUUGUGUCCUUUGUUUUGACGAUUGCACAAUCACGCUAGCAGCAUGUAAAUAUGGUUGUCCUUGUUUAAUAGAGCCAUUGGACUUGUCUCAGCGUUGUUCUUAUCUGCCACGACAUUGCAGGAUAUCUAGAUUGACACAUUUUUCCUUGUUUUGUAAAGACUACCGCUGACGGGAGCCCUAAUUCCUUGUCCAAUUGUGUUCCCAUCCUCCAAGGAAGCCUUUUAAAAAUGGAGACUGUACUAGUUUCUACAGGUUCACGGGAGCUAUGUCUAACCAAGAUUGCUAAGUAAUUACAAUGGCUGCUUCUGAUGCUUCCUCUUUCCAAGAAGAGCUGGACGACAAAACCGUUUUUUAAAUAUUAUUUUACAUAGGGACAUACAGCCCUAUUAAUUUGAGCCGGAAUACAAUGAAGAUGAAUUGAGACAGCGAGAACAAGAAUUUCGUGACUAGCGUGCAGCGAUGGGGAGCAACGGUCAGGUGGUGCCUAUACAGGCGCUGUCCGGCCAUGCCAACAGAAGAGGAAUGUCUGCUGCCACGAAUUAGAUCGCGGACAGUUGUUACUGGAGAGGGUCACUGCAGACCCCAUGGAUCGUGUGUGUGUGACCGACAUCAAAGUUUCAACGCACAUAAGGAUAGAGGGGUGCUGGAGACGUUCUUCAGAACCUUCCAGAUCAACUUGCGGCGGCAACCAAAACCAGCUGGACCGGGGGGCAAAUUACAGAACAAUACCGCUUGGUGGCCUACAUAUUAUUUUUGGAGUUUGGUCUAUGUGGGGAGAAGUUAGGCAGAGAACACCGAAUACCCUUGCCUGCAUGUGUUGUUGGGGCCAUUUGAGCAAUUUAUUGCUCACUUGAUGGACAGUAUAUUGGAUACAAAGAAGUUGAUGACUCGAGGGGAUGCGAAAGGUUCCAUAACAACAAUCUCCCCUUGUAUCAAAGUGACUAUGAACACCUCACUGCACCCCCCACACCAAAUGACACAGCACUGGGGAAGCCAAUAGAGGUCUUCCACAUGUCCUCUGACCACACUACGUGUGAGGACCGUCUCUGUGCCUCUCUUAGCUUCAUCUCUGCCACCUGGGCAUCCCUCUCCGACGGUGCGGGCAGACUCUACCUCCUCAGAACCAGCAUGAGAAGGGAGAAUCGCAGUCUGAAGUGGGAGCCCAUGUUCAGUGAGGAGAUGGGGGAGCCCUUCACCAUCCUCCACAGCAUAUCUCACGUCCAGGCUGGGGUCCACUCCAUGGAGGUCCUGCUCCUCCGCAUCCAGAAAGACCCAUCAUCGGACUCUGAUGCAAAGGGAAGUGGCUACUCUGUUUCUUUGGAAUGGAUCACAGUCUCUAACACUGCAGAACAGGGUCAGGAGAAGAAGUACAAGGUAAGGAAGAGGAAGGUGCUGAGGGGGAAGUCAGUGCCCCACUAUGCAGCGUUGGAGCCCCAAGGGAAAGGGCUAAUGGUGGCUUCGGAGAAACCCUUUGUUUUUACACAUGUGGACGGGGCACUGCUGGAGCAGCCUGCGGCACAGGCCAUGGAGAUGGAGUCGAGCACUGGUGGGUCAAUGCUACAGGUCAUAGAUCCAAUCUACUUCUGGCAGCAGACAAUAGAGGAUAUAACAGUAUCUGUGCGUAUGCCUGAGGGCAUCACCAAAGACGACGUGCUCUUCAAGCUCUCCAUGGAAAAUGUGAGUGUGGGGGUGCAGGGUUUUGCCCCCUUGCUGGAGGGGCAGCUGCACGCCCCUGUGGACCCCGAAGCCAGUGCCUGGAUCAUCAAAGACGAGAAAAGCCUGGAGGUGACUCUCCAGAAGAGGAGCGAGGGGCCCAUGUGGCCAGAGCUGCUGACUGGAGGAGACAGGAGAGGAGAGUUCCUGAUGAGUGAGGAGCAGACGGCCUUGCUCCACGAGAGACUGACAUACCUCACUACUGAGGACAUGAAUGCCAACCCAGACAAGGACAAGCCCCCGUGCAACGCCCAGGAGCUGGAGGACUGCGAUGGCUUCCCAGAAGACAGCUCCAACCUGACACGCUUCGAUGGAGAGUCUCUCAAGCCCACUCACGUGGUGAACUUAGGGAGCCAUCAGUACCUGUUCACGGUGGACUUGAACCCAUCUGAGAUGCCUAGUUUCUGUCUGCGUCAUGACGUGGACGCCCUGCUGUGGCAGCCCCGUCCGGACCAGCCCAGCAACAUGUGGGAACACAUCGCCACCUUCAACGCCCUCGGCUACGUCCAGGCGUCGAAACGUGACAAGAAAUUUGCCACCUGCCCCCCAAACUUCUCCUAUGCCGCCUUGGGGGAGUGUCUUCGCCGGGUGUUCAUCUACCGGCAGCCGUCGCCGGUGGACACAGUCCUGUUCAACAGGAUGCAGGGUCGUCAGGUGGGCCAGGUCGCUAAGCAACAGGUGGCCAGCCUGGAGUCAAACAACAUUGUCCUAGGCUUCAGAGCAACCAAUGAGAGACUGUUCGUCCUGACCUCUAACAACCUAUUUGUUCUGAAGAUCAACAAUUAGAUCUGGGACUACUUUUAUGGCCAGUUUUACAGACACAUCUGGGAUGGAGAAUCCCCAUUGAGAUAACAUUUUAGUCCAGGACUAAGCUUAAUCUGUGUCUGGGAAUCUGCCCCUUAGAAUGUUUCCAUCCACCAUACACACUGUCUACCCCUGAGACAGCUAUACCAUUCCACAAAGUAAAAGGAGUGUAUCUAGAACCUACAGUAAGUGUGGUAGUGUAAUGUCAUUUGUGGUAGGGGUUUGAUCUGUCAGCAAUAUGUCUAAACUUUCAAAUGUCUGUCUUCAUAUUUGUAUGUUAUUCUGUGAAUAUCCUAUGGUGUUGACACUCUAUAGGAGCCCAAAUGUAGUAUGAUUCAUGUUCUCACAGUAUAAUAGAAGCAGAAUGUAAUGACAAAAUUCCAAUAAAACCAAACAACGUUAUAAUA